GUGUGGAGUGGACCCCCACUUCAGGGACGGGACCCCCACUGUGUGUGUCAGCCCCUUGGUGCGCGGGGGGUUGAUGUAGGAUUUCGACAUGCCCAACGCUGAGGAGCCAAAGCUGGGAGCAUUAUGACGACAACGACGAACUGGGUGGCGAACGGGGCAAGCCUUGAGGACUGCCACUCCAACAUCUUCUCCCUGGCGGAUUUGACGGGCAUCAAAUGGCGCUGCUACAACUUCCGCGGGGGCGGCGAGUACGGUCCGGUGAUCUCGGCGCCCGCCCAGGACGACCCGGUCCUGCGCAGCUUCAUGCGCUGCGUGCAGGCCAACCUGCUGUGCGUGUGGCGCCGCAAGAUCAAGCCUGACGCCAAGGAGCUGUGGAUCUUCUGGUGGGGCGACGAGCCCAACCUGUCGGAUGUCAUCCAUCAUGAGCUGGAAGUGGCUGAGGAGGGCCUCUGGGAGUGCGGACUGUCCUACGAGUGCAGGACCCUGCUGUUUAAGGCCGUACACAACCUCCUGGAAAGAUGUCUAAUGGACAAAGGCUUUGUGCGAGUCGGCAAGUGGUUCUUCAAGCCGCACCAAAUGCAGGAAAAGUCGAUGGGCAGCAGCGAGCACCUGUCGUGUUCCUUCUCCUUCUUCCUGCACGGGGAGAGCAACGUGUGCACCAGCGUGGAGAUCGCCCAGCACCAACCUGCGUACCACAUCACACAACAGCACAUCCGCCUCGCACACACCUCCGUCGCACCAAUACAAGUGAUCCUGAGCCCAUACGGUCUGAGCGGUACUCUGACAGGUCAGGCCUACAAAAUGAGCGACCCGGCCGCACGUAAGCUGAUGGAGGAGUGGAGCUACUUCUACCCGAUGGUACUGCGGCGGAAGGAGGGAAGCGGCGAGGGGAACGAGGAGCCGGCCGAUGAUCGCAACGCUCACGUGGCGGUGGAGGUGGUCGUCGGUGGAGUAAGGAUGACCUACCCAGCUGCUUUUGUGCUGAUCGCCCAUGGCCAGCUGCCGGUGGAGCCGCCUCCACCUGCUCCUGCAGCUCAGAACCUUGCCAGAGAGCAGAACCACUGCAGCGUGCCGCUCACGCCGCCGACGUCGCCGGAGCAGCCCUGCUCGGCGGACAGUGGAUUCGUGACUUCGGCCUCGAGUGUGCCAACACCAGACAGCACUAUGGGGGUCACCAGCCUUAGCCCAAAGCAUUCUGGGAAGAAGCUAACUUGUCAGGUGGUCCAUCAGGCCUGGAGGGAGUGCUACCUCAGCCAGCCUCAGCACACACUAAAGCAGCCGGCUGACAUGACGCCUAAGAAGGAAGUGCCAAACGGAGUCACCACGUGGGACUUCAAUGACGUCGGAGCGCGAGCGCCUUGCAGCUGCUCGAGGCUGAAACAGCAGAAAUUGACAACGGCCACAAACAUCUCCAACCCCCAGAUCGGUGCCAAUCCGUCCUCCGGCUCAUCACUAUACGCGGUUUCCGUACCCAAACACAAGACCAGCGACAAGACGGAAAAGGCUGACAAACAAUCAAAGAGACCGGUCGUGAUCCCCUUCCACCACCGUGUAUCUGUCACCCAGGAGACCCCUCUGGAUCAGGACUCACCUGGGGGGCCCCAGCUCAGUGGUCUGGUACCACUGGAGCCACCUAUGGAGCCUCUGGCCACUCUGGCAAGCUGCAAGUAUGCCAAACCGCUCUCCAACGGCAGGAAAGCUCCAGAGUCCCUUCUCUUGUCGCCAAUGUCGCCGCUUCCUCCCACGCUUAGCCCACACCCCCGGGUGCAGGACACGGAGGUACUGGAAGGGCCGCUGGACAUCCACUUAUGUCAGGAGGCAGCCCCGGGCAUGGGGGUGAUGACCAGUGAGACGGUGGUGUACACGGCCCUGCUGAAGCAGAGGGAGAACGGGGCCGGUUGGUGGAGAGGCUUCCGGACUCCCAGGACUGAUAAGAUGGAUUUCAGACCUCUAGAAGUCUCGGCUGAUAAACCGGAAGAGGGGAAGAUGGAGGCAGUUCCUGAGGGAGCUCUGCUAAAGAGACUUUACACACAUACGCACAAGAGAUUUAAAAUCUCAGACGAGAGAUUGCGGGACCACGUCCAGACAUUGGGCCUGCUCCAGCAGCCGGGCGUGGAGGCGCUGCGCGAGCCAGGGGAAGACCCCUACGACUUCAAGGAAGGCGACAUCGAGUACACGUUUUCCACUUCCAAGAGAUUAAAGAGUCAAGGGCGGGAAUCCAGCAAGAGAACCAAGAGUGAAGAAAUCACCAGCAAUGGCAACCUGCCAGAUGGGAAAGACGCUAUGUCCAUUUUUAACUCCGCUCCCAAAUCAGACGAGUCCAGUCCGGACGAUGCGGCCGCCAAAGCCAAUCCUUCUCUGACCCGAGAAAAAGACCUAGUAGUGAACAUUUCGGAUCUGGACAACAUAUUUGAUGAAGAUGAGGAGGAGCUCGGGACGGUUUACCCCAACCAGCACUCAACCAAACUCACAGUAUCCACAGAGGAUCGUCCUCUGAGUAAAGAAGGCAGAGCGGCAGUACCUUAUCCAUCAACAGUAGCAGACCUGCAGCGUAUGUUCCCCACACCACCCUCUCUGGAGCAGCAUCCGGCCUUCUCUCCCAUCAUGACCUACCGGGACACGCCGAGCCAGGAGCCCCCCGCGCCCAGCGGCGCGCUUGAUCACCUUCUUCUGCCCAUCACCUCCAGCCAGCUGCCUGAAUUCAGGAUAGAGCUCGAGGAGGGCGUGUCUAGUCCCUGGCAAGAAGAUUUCAAGACUCAGGUGGUCUCCGCCAUGUUCGCGCCACUUUCCUGCUUACCUAGUCAGACUUCAGCACCGCUCAAGAUUCCCGAGCAGUGCUACUACCGCCCGUCCUGGGCACUCCUGCCCAAAAUGGAGCACAUCCCAGCUGUCAUGCACACCCACAACAGCGGUUUCGUCAGGGAUGGAUACACAAAUAUACCAAGUGUCAGCGCUCUGACGGACCAGGACUACAACCAGAUGAGCGGCACUACGGCUUCUGUGAGCACCACCGUGGGCAUCCUGCCCUCUCCGGCCACACCUCGUUUCUCUGUGCCCACUCCGCGCACCCCUCGCACGCCACGGGGCAUGAACCCCGCCAGCUCUGGCCAAGGUUCCGUCAAGCAGGACGGUACUGAGCUGAGCUCACCGGUUUCGACCCCUUCCACCAGCCUACCUCUUAGCUCCGUGGAGCCCCUCGCUCGGCCCAGACCCUGCCUCCCCGAGAGCCACAGCCUGUACGCCAUCCUCCUCCUGUCGGACUCCGUCCUCAACGUCUUCAAGGACCGCAACUUUGACAGCUGCUGCAUCUGUGCCUGCAACAUGAACGUCAAGGGGGCGGACGUAGGGGUGUAUAUCCCCGAUUCCACCUGCGAGGAUCAGUACCGCUGCAUGUGUGGCUUCAGCGCCAUUGUGAACAGGCAGCUGGCCCACGGCACGGGCCUCUUCCUGGAAGACGAGCUGGAUAUUUACGGACGCUCCUCCGAGGUCGGACGGGCCGCCGAGAGGAAGCUGGCUCUUUGCCGGCGGGACCCGACGUUGGGCGACCCCAGAGCAAAGCGGCCUCAGGAUGCGGCGCCCGCCUCCCCGUCGGUCGUGGUCUUACUUCAGGAGCAGUGCUCCCAUCCCAUUUCGUCCCUCGCCUCACUGCACCUUCCUCACGGUUAUUCCAGCUAUUCCCGCAACGGGGCGCUGCUCCAAAGUUGGAUGUCGGAAAAGCAGUGGGCGGACGGGAGCGAUGCCUGUGUGGAAUGUUACAAUGCUUUGGAGCAGGGGCUGCAGUAUGUGGACAACUCCACUGGGGGGAAAGUCGAUCCAGCUGUUGUCAGAAGUACAGCUCUGCAUCCCUGGCCUCACACUAAUGUGGUGGACAUGAGCAUGUUGUCGUCCCAGGACAUGGUGCGCUUGCUGCUGUCCUUGCAGCCCUUCCUGCAGGACGCCAUCCAGAAGAAAAGAACCGGUCGGACGUGGGACAACAUCCAACACGUUCAGGGCCCGCUCACUUGGCAGCAGUUCCAUAAAAUGGCGGGGAGAGGCUCGUAUGGUUCCGAGGAAUCUCCGGAGCCCUUGCCCAUCCCCACAGUGCUACUUGGCUACGACCGAGAGCGGGAGUUCCUGGCACUGUCCCCUCUGGCUUUGCCUUUCUGGGAGAAGCUCUUGCUGGAGCCUUACGGGGGGCAACGAGAUGUGGCGUAUGUGGUACUCUGUCCCAAUAGUCCUCCACUGUUGGCUGCAGCCAGAACCUUCUUCCAGGAGCUCAGCUCUGUUUACGAGACGUGUCGUCUUGGGAAGCACCGUCCUCUGACCAAGGUGUCCCGGGAUGGCAUAAUCCGCGUAGGGGAGGAGGUGGAGCCAGAAAGGCUUGAGGAGCUGGAUGUGGACCAGUGGUUGACUGGACCCUGGGCUGGAGAGCAACACACAGACAACCUCAGCAAACUGAAACUUUACGCCUAUGCCUGUAAGCUGCAGCUUGGACCCCAGCUGUCAGUCCUGCCUUUGGACAGCACGCUUCUGUUGCCAUCCAAAAUCCAACAAUCCACCUCUUCAGCGCAGCCUGCGUCCUCCGGUCAAUCGCAAACGUGGACAUCAGACGCAGAACCAGCUCCGGGGGUUGUCGGGACAGCAAAAGCCUCCACUCCAAAUGCAGCACCCUCUGGCCAGACGGGGACGACGACCCCUGGAGGGUCCAACGAGUCAAAGGGACUCUUGAGUGGCACACAAGCAGCCAACACACCAGCAGAAAACCCUGAAAUCACCGCCGAGCAGUCCAGAAUAGGCGUCCCGACUGGUCCCGACUCCACGGACAGCCGGACAAACCCACCAGCUAUCGUUGUUUACAUCGUGGACGCGUUCCUCAGCCCAACUGGGGUGCGGAGUGACGGAGGGGAGGAAGAGGAAGGUGAUGAAGUUGAGGCAGGGAGCGUGUGGCUGCUCGGGCUUCUUCGAUGCUACACGGAGAUGUUACAGACCCUGCCUGACACCAUAAGACCUGCACUCGUUCUACAGGUGGUGCCAUACCAGUACCUCCUGCAACCUGCGAGUGGGGAGAGCCACAUCUACCUGCAGCACCUGCGCUCUCUGGCCUUCUCCUGUUACUCCCAGUGCAGACGCCUGCGGCCCCGGCACACACACAUCAAGUCCUUGACCGGCUUUGGCCCGGUGUCCACUGUCACGUCUGUCCUCAAGAGCCCGGAUCAUCCGAGCCCAGUCCAUCUGUACUCGCCCCCCUUCAUCCUCGGGCCCACCCGCCCCAAGCAGCCGGAACAAGGAGAGAUUUGGGCCGAAGUCCCUCCCAGAUACAACGUGCUCUUUGUGGGUUAUUGCCUGUCACAUGACCAGCGCUGGAUCCUGGUGUCGUGCACCGACCAGCAGGGGGAGCUGCUGGAGACGUGCAUCAUCAACGUCGAUGUGCCAAACAGGGCACGCCGCCCGAAAGUGUCCGCUCGGAAGAUGGGUCUGCAGAAGCUGUGGGAGUGGUGCGUCGGCAUAAUCCAGAUGACCUCACUACCUUGGAGGAUUGUGAUUGGUCGGUUAGGGAGACUGGGCCACGGCGAACUUAAAGACUGGAGCUCGCUCCUCGGGGAGCACUCGCUGCAUUCGAUAGGGCGCCAGCUCAGGGAGGCCUGUCGCAUGUGUGGCAUCUCGGCGGCGGACACCCCCUCCAUCCUCAGUGCCUGCCUGGUGGCGAUGGAGCCGCAGGGCUCCCUCGUGGUCAUGCCCGACGCCGUGACGAUGGGCUCGGUGUUCGGCCGCAGCACCGCCCUGAACCUGCAGACGUCGCAGCUGAACACGCCUCAGGACGCCUCGUGCACACACAUCCUCGUCUUCCCGACGUCCGCCACCACCCAGCUGGCGCCGAGCUCUUACCCCACUGAGGACAAUAACGAUGACAUGUUUGACCUUCCCUUUCCUGACGAACUGGAGAACGACAUCGGCCACGACAUGAUGCUGAUCACGGGUAACCUCCAUCCUUCUCCCAACACCUCCCCUGUACCUUCGCCGGGCUCUCCGUCCGGAAUGGGAAUGGGAUCCCAUUUCCAACACGCCAGGAGCCAGGGGGAGCGCUUACUCUCCAGAGACAAUCCGCCGGAAGAGCUGAAGCAGCAGCCGCUGGCUCUGGGCUACUACGUCUCUACGGCACAGGCCAGCGGACUCCCGCACUGGUUCUGGGCCCCGUAUCCUCAGGCUGAGAACCAGUGUCCUCUGUUCCUCAAGGCCUCGCUCCACCACCACAUCUCCAUGGUCCAGUCCGAUGAGCUGGUGGCAGACAAGACAAAGAGGACCCCUCACCCGCUCGACUCAAAGACCACCUCUGAUGUGCUCCGGUUUGUAUUGGAGCAGUACAAUGCACUCUCCUGGCUGACGUGCACACCUGCGACCCAGGACCGCCAGUCUUGCCUGCCCGUCCACUUGGCCGUGCUGGUUCAAAUGUACAACGCCAUCCUCAACAUGCUGUAGCCGUUCGCACCUCUUCUUCGGCAGCUCUGUGCCUCCUCCUCGUCCCGCAGAGAGCGAGAGACAGAGAGACCGGACUCUCCCGGGGCCUGGAAUGUAAAUCAGAGUGACAAGAUGCAGAGGCGGUAGAGAAAGGAAACGCUUGGAAAUGGCAGUCACGGUGCUUCUUUAAUGGAGAGAACCUGCAGCUUUCGUCACACCCAAGUGGCAUUUUCACACAAACAUCUGCAGAAGAACUCUUCAUACCUGUAAUAUUGUACAACCAGCAUAUUUGCAUGUCAACGCCUUGUUGCGUCGUUUUUACAUUUUCUUGAACAAAAAAAAAAGCGCUGUUGAAAGUUGAAAGAUCACUCUUUUAACUACCGCGGGGCGAACAUUUGCAAGCAGCACUUUUUCUUCACCUUUCACAAGGUUGUAGAUAAGCAAUGGCGGUACAAAAAAAAAAAAAAACAAUGGAGACGUGUGGGUGUUCAUAAUGUAAAACAUUUGCAAAGAACUGAAAGUUAUUUUUUAAUAUUUAAAACAAAACAAAUGGAAAAAAAAAUAAGGCCUUUUUAUUCCCAAAUGGUAAAUCUCUUGGGAUCUGAAAUGAGCGUCAAUUUAAUGCAAUAUUUAUACAAAUUAUAUCAUGCCAUAGGAUUUGAUAUCUAUACGUAUAUACUUAAUAAAUAUAUAUUACCUCUUCCAAACAGGCACUUAAUGAUAAGAAAGGGUGAUGGACACAAGCCUCUUGUAAGUGGACAUAGAAUGAACAUCAAUUAAAAAAAACCCAACAACUAUCAUUUCUGUUUUAUUUAAUGAUUUCAAUUAAAAAUAUGGAGCAGACUCCUUGGACUAGGCAAUCGAAGAUGUUCAACUAAAAUAUUUAAGAAUGACACUUUCUAUGAUCCGUCUCCUAGAUGAUGUCGAGCAAACCACGAGAAAGGCCCGUACUCUUCACUUUGCUACUUGUUACAAUCUGAGCAUGUUUGUAUUAUACACCAUUCAGCUGUGUUUUUCUGGAAUUUUAUAAAGCUGUACAUUUCAAGCUGUUGUUUUUUUUUUUGUUUGUUUGUUUUUUUGCUGUGAGCUUUUAUACAUUAUAAAUAUAUACAGUAUACUGUGCAAAAUUCAUUAUUUCCAGCCCAAAAAAAAUGUGGAAAUUGCCAAGUGGGUGUUCGCAAUUGUACAGACAAAUGCAAGUUUGCAAGACUUUGUUACGUCGGUCAUCAAUUUGAAUAUUUAACAGAUCCACAUGAGUGGGAGAGAUCUGUUACUUUUACACUAUUUUUUAAAGUAAAUUAUUAAAAGCCUUCCAA